CCUGAUACAAAAAAUCAGUUUUCUUCUUUCCGGUUUGAAAUGCCGUCCAUCUCUGUAUUCGUUAGUUUUCUUCUUUCCGGUCGUAGUCCUAAUUGUUUUUCGUAAGUAAGGAAGGUAAACGUUAAACAUGGCUAUAAGACCUGUGUAUAGACCCACGAUUGUCAAGAAGAGGACUAAAAGGUUCAUCAGGCAUCAAAGUGAUAGAUAUAUCAAGCUAAGGAGGAGCUGGAGGAAACCUAAGGGUAUUGAUAACAGAGUAAGGAGGCGCUUCAAGGGUCAAUACUUGAUGCCCUCUAUUGGUUAUGGCAGCAACAAGAAGACCAAACAUAUGCUGCCAACUGGCUUCCGAAAAGUCUUGGUACACAAUGUUAAGGAAUUGGAAGUUCUCAUGAUGCAGAACAGAAAGUAUUGUGCCGAGAUUGCUCAUGCUGUUUCAUCGAAAAAGCGGAAGGCCAUUGUGGAACGUGCACAGCAACUUUCUAUUAGAGUUACAAAUGCAAAUGCCCGCCUCCGCAGCGAGGAAAAUGAAUAAUUUUGUUGAAUAAACCAUUUUUAAUUUA